GCGCGUGGUAAACAACGCAAGCAACGGGCGCAGUCGCAGUCGUGGGCAGCAAAUAAUCAAAAACGAAUUUAUACGCAAGUCCAAGUCAUGGCAAAUCGGAAUACGCUGCUGUUGCCUCUCUUUCUACUAAUUGUUGCAUUUGUUGCGCAUGCUGCAUAUGCUGCAGUCCAACCCAAAGCGCCUAACUUUCAAUACUUUGAAAGGCCCAAAUAUCGUUAUCCUUACUAUGAUGAAAAUGGUCGAGGUAAACUGCUUUAUGGCUACGGUGGACCAGAUUUAUAUCAAUACAAGACCUAUACACCAUUGGAGGGCAUACAUUAAGCAGCACUAGUUUCAGCGCACAUAUUUAAAAUAUACACUCUUUAUUUAUAA